AUGGACCCGGAAAAGAACACGCCGCGCACGAGUGGCUACCUCGCCCCGGAACCCGACUACAGCAACUAUGACUUCCCCCUCCCGAGCAAGACCGAGAGCGCGGCCCACGACGGCGCCGCCGCCGCCGUGGGCAACGACCUGAUCCCCUCUGUGUCCAACGCCAUCGCCAGCGCCGGCGGCAACGCCUACGGGCAGGACCACCGCCAGCAGCAGAGCUACGGCAAAGAACAAGGCGACUAUUUCGGCCGCACCAACACCGCCGCCUCCACGGUCGCCGAAGAGGAGACGUACCCCGAGGGCGGGCUCCGCGCGUGGUCCGUCGUGCUCGGUUCGUGGCUGGCGCUGUUCUCGGCGCUGGGUAUCAUGAACAGCUUGGCCAUCUUCCAGACGUACGUCGCGACGCAUCAGCUCGAGGAGUAUAGCGAGGGGACCAUCGGUUGGAUCUUCUCGGUGUAUACCUUCCUGUGCUUCUUUGGGGGGAUCUACAUCGGCCCGGUGUUCGACCAGUAUGGUCCGCGCUGGCUUGUCUUGUCCGGGACGGUUUGUCUCGUGAUCGGCGUGAUGCUGCUGAGCAUCUGCACAUGUAAGUCAUCUCCGCCUCACGUUUACCUCACCAUCGAGACGACUAACGACCCUCCAGUAUACUGGCACUUCAUGCUGGCCUUUGGCAUUCUCUGCGGCCUCGGCAGCUCCCUCGUCUUCACCCCCUCCAUCGCCGCCGUCGGCCACUGGUUCAAACGCCGCCGCGGUUUCGCGACGGGCAUGGCGUCCACGGGCGGCUCCAUCGGCGGCAUCGUCUUCCCGCUCAUGAUGCAGUCCCUCUUCCCGCGCAUCGGCUGGGGCUGGACCAUCCGCGCCGUAGGCUUCAUCUGCCUGCUCCUCUGCGGCGCCUCCAACUUCCUCAUCCGCUCGCGCCUGCCGCCCGCGCGCAAUGCAAGCCCCCACCCGGACCCCCGCAUCUUCCGCAGCGCCGCCUUCAGCCUCACGACGGCGGGCAUCUUCCUCAUGGAGUUUGCGCUCUUCAUCCCGCUGACGUACAUCUCGAGUUACAUGCUCAGCGAGGGGUUCGGCGAGUCGUUUGCGUUCUCCAUCUUGCCCAUCCUGAAUGCAGGAAGCGUCCUCGGUAGGGCGCUGCCCGGCUGGUGGGCCGACAAGGCGGGUCCGUUCAACAGCAACAUGGCCGCCAUCGUGCUAUCCGUCAUCGCGUGCCUGGGCAUCUGGCUGCCUGCGGGCUCGACGACGGCGGGUGUCGUGGUGUUUGCGGUGCUUUUUGGGUUCGCGAGCGGGAACAACAUCAGCAUCAGCCCCGUGUGCGUAGGCAGAUUGUGCAAGACGCAGCACUAUGGGCGGUACUACUCGACGACGUACACCGUUGUGUCGAUCGCCUGUCUCAUCGGUAUUCCCAUUGGCGGUGAGAUUGUGACGGCGACAGGCGGGAGGUACUGGGGCCUCAUCAUCUUUACCGGUCUUAUAUACGUCCUGGCCCUCGUGGCGCUGAUGGCUGCAAAGUUUGUCUGCGUGGGCAAGAACAUUUGGGGAUUAUUCAAAGAAAAGCUAUAA